UCGAUCAAGUAACAGAUAAGAGCAGGACAGAAAGCUUUACCAAGUAUCAGAUAAAAUUGUCCUUUUCAGAUAAUACAAUGUAUCACCGUCGCCACCACCAAGAAAAGAAUGUUCAUCCUUCCUCGAGGAUGUCCAUUCCAUCGGAAAGAUGCAUGUUCCUUCAAGGUGUGACUGCCACAGGAGAUUCUGGUCUUGUACUUUCAAGUGAUGCUAAGCCAAGACUGAAAUGGACUCUAGACCUCCACGAACGGUUCACCGAAGCAGUGAACCAAUUGGGAGGGGCAGAAAAAGCUACACCAAAAUCAGUUUUGAAACUUAUGGGCAUUCCGGGAUUGACCUUAUAUCACUUGAAGAGUCACCUUCAGAAGUACAGAUUGAGUAAGAACCUCCACCAGCAAGCUAAUAAUGGGAGCAAUAAAGCUUCCAAAGCAGACAGAGUGCCUGAAGUAAAUGCACCUCAUGUGUCUAACCAAAAUAUUUCAAACCAAGCAACAAGUAACUUACAAUUGGGUGAAGCAAUACAAAUGCAAAUUGAAGUGCAACAAAGACUACACGAACAGCUGGAGGUACAACGUCGUUUGCAGAUGCGAAUAGAAGCUCAAGGAAAAUACUUGCAAUCUGUACUAGAAAAAGCACAAGAAUCCCUUGGAAGACAGAACGCGGGAACACUUGGUCUAGAGGCAGCCAAGGUCCAAUUAUCCGAGUUGGUCUCCCAAGUAUCGAACCAAUGCCUGAACUCCACAUUUUCAAGAAUAAACGACCUCUCAGAUUUGUGCCUGCAGCAGCAAGCACAAGCAACUCAGCCAAAAGAUUGUUCGGGCGAGAGCUGCUUGACCUCAUGCGACGGAACCAUAAGGGACCAUGAGCUGUACGAUAGCCGUUUGGGCUUAAAACCAAUGAACUUCAGAGCACCUAUAGAGGAGGAGAUGAUCGACGACAAAGAUAGCGGUCCACGCAAGAUGGGGCUUAGAUGGCAUGAGAGCCUGAAAGACUGUGGUAAGUAUCUCUCAACAGCAAAUGACAAUGUGGAGAACACAUGUGCUACAGAAGCGAAUCCAGGUAGUUUAUCGAUGAGCAUUGGCCUUCAAAGUGGUGAAAGGCUCAAUGGAGCAGGAGCAGAAGCAGAGGCCAAAUGUUUAGACGAGAAUAAGCAGAAGUCCUCCUCAGAAUCAAAACUACCAUUCUUCCCAACAAAAUUGGACCUCAACACUAACUAUGAAAAGGAUGCUGCUUCAAGCUACAAGCAGCUUGAUUUAAAUGGCUUUGGCUGGAAUUGAGAUGCAAAAUUGAAAUCUAGAAUAAAGAGGCAUUAGUCACCAGCCUCCAUUUUGUAAUGAGAUAUGAUCAUUCAUCAUUCCAAAUUGCAUAAAAAAGGAACACAGAUUCUCCUGA